AAUCCCGAUGCUUGAUGAAAAAAGAAAACUGGCAAACGACGAUUCGUAACAUUUCUCUUGAGCCCGUCGCUCGUUUCGUACGUGAUUCAGCGGCAGCAAACAGAGAGCAAAGUGUGUAUGUAAUUCCGUGUGGUGUUUCAAAUUGGAACUCUUUUUUUUAAUUCGUCAUCACCGUCGUCGUCGGGAAAAAAUAUUAAUUCUCGCUUUUCUUCGGGGAGAUACCUUCGAUCAUAAGGUGCUUCCGUUCGGGGAAAACAGGUCAUACGACUGUUAUCAGUGUAGCGAAAAAUAAAACAAAAGUGUAUGGUGUAUGUUCCCCGGAAGAAAAAAGAAAUGAAAUUCUACUGUGUGUUCCUGCAUUAGUGCGUAGUGAAGGGCGAUAUUUUUUUUUGCUGGUCCAUUGCAGAGAUACAGCCUCCCCCACCUUCUUCUGAUGUGGUCCAAUAGUUGGCGCAAGUGGAGCGUGUGUAAUUUGGACCGUGGAUUUUGUGGUCCCAGUAGCGCAGCUAGUGUCUAACUUAUGACCUUUGAUAUAUUCACGUUCUAGUUCUUCGCGGGACGCAAUCAGUGUGUGCAUUACGUGGUUGAUGGUAGUGUGGAAUUUGAACCUGACGGGGGUGUAGCGCGAUUCCACACACCACCAAAAGUGCUGUGACAGACGUCGUUCGUUCGUUCGUUCGACCAGAUUGUUGCAAAAUGUUUGCAUUCAUUUGCACCGAGAAUAGAGGGAUGCAAGGGUUCGGAUAGAGAAACAAAUGAAUGAUGCAUGCAUACGUAAAAUGCUACCAGCCAAGCUGAAACAAAACGAGCGCGAGAUGAGAGAGAGAUGAAGCAUUUGCUGAUGAUGCAGUGAUAUUUUAUAUAAUACGUGUAUAUCGUUGUGAAGGGGAGUAAUUAGCCGCGGCAUUGGAUUUAGCGUGUGGACGUCAAUCGGAUUAUUUUCUCGCCGUUUAAAAGCGCUUUCGAGAGCUGUGCCGUUCCGAUGCUGUAUCGGAUAUGGCAUUGCAGUAGCGGUGUCAAUGCAGUUUGAGAGUUGAUUACCGAGCAAGCGGCCAAGGCGAGUGUGUGUUAAAACCAAACCCGUGUCAUUUGCCAGAGGGGAAGCAAACGGUGGCGAAAAAACGCAAGUAAAAGUCAGUCUCGAUGGACCUCCAGGUGAAGAGUCCGGCCCGUUCCAUUGUUACGAAAUGCAGCUGUCUCAGCAACAACAACAACAACAGAGGUAACCGAUCCAAUCUAAGUAUUGCUAAAUCGUAAAGACAGUUAAGCAGUUAUAUUAUAUGGGAAAUGUGUAAAUUCAAGUGAAUAGAAAUCGUUACCGUCUUGAAACCUGCUACUGCUGCUGCGAAAAGUGGGCACUGGUACGACGCACGCUCCAACACGACACGUAUGAAACGCAUGAAUGAGCCCCUCGAGCUGUGUUAUACCCAAAGUCGAAGUGUCCGAAUGUGGUGUCGAGUCGCGUGGUUUGAGUAAAAGUGUCAAUUCCGAAUUACGUGUUAGUUCAAAUUAAAGAAGAAAGAAAAGAUCAUUGUGCACAAUGAGUUGGCUUCGGUCCAGUCCCCUGCGGCAGAGCUUCACCAAAUCGGGUGGAGGUGGCGCAAGCCGGAGCGGAGGUUCUACUAACGGAACCAUGCGAGCAUUCGAUGCGUCCGAGUGUGACCCCAAGGCGUGCUACGAUAGCUUCUGUAUCCAUUGGCAGCAAGCGUACGAGAUUAUCCAACGAUCGGAGAACAAUCGGGGUCAAUCCCACGACGAUGUCCUGGGAGUGGUCACACAUCUGGACCACAUGGUGACACUGCUGCUGGUUGAGCUACAUCAUUGCAACAAACUGAGCUUGCCGGGGGCCCCAGCCCCAUCGGCACCCUGUCUGGAGCAUCUGUUAAGUGAGAACCUGCUCGAUAAGCUGUACGAGUGGGGCAUCAAAACCGGAAGAUAUGCUAACGCCCUCCGAUUGGAGCAGUUGAAGCUCUAUGAACAGCUUGUCAGUCACAGCCGACACCAAUUGUUGGUGCAUGAACCGUUCCUAAGACCACUGCUUAAAAUAUUAGCCUCGAGUCAGAACGAAAUAUACCCUCCGGAUGUGGAAAAACGCCUGGUGAUCCUGCUAAACCAACUCUGCGUGGUGCUGAUGCAGAAUGUUCACCUGCUAGAUUUGUUCUUCUUCUCAACCGAACAGCAGAACGGCAGUGGGGGACAUACGAACUUCAUUAUUUUCUCCCUGCUAAUUCCGUACGUACACCGGGAGGGAUCGCUAGGACAUCAGGCCCGUGAUGCACUACUCCUGUGCAUGGCUUUGUCCCAGAAGAACUCCAACGUGGGAACGUACAUCGCAACGUAUUCGUCGAUUUGUCCCGUCCUGGUGACCGGCCUUGGUGGUCUAUACUCCCGAUUGCCAAAUCAGAUCGACAUAAAAACCAUGGAUUGGUAUCGAAUCACUACGGACGAUGUAACGGAGGUACCCGAGCUUACGCUGUUCAUGAAUUGUCUGGAAUUCUGCAACGCCGUCGUUCAGGUGGCACACACAAUGAUCAGGCAGCAGUUGUUGGACUUUCUGUAUCAGGGAUUCCUGGUACCGGUGCUUGGACCGGCGAUUUUGCAGACAAACGUCGAGUCGCAGGUUUCGGCAAUGGCGUAUCUAGAUCUCAUCAUGCGCUCGGUAACCGAACCGGGGCUGAUCCAGGUGAUCGUCAAGUUUCUCCUGGACAUGGACAAAUUCGAUGGGCAGCGGAUACUGGACGUGUUGGUGGAACGGUUGAACAGUAACGACGCGAGGCUCUGCAUGGUUACGUUGUCACUGUUCGACACCCUGCUGGGACUAAACUGCGAGGACAUUAUGCUCGAGCUGGUCUUGAAGUAUCUGCUGAACGGUCAGCAUGUACCGGUGUCGCACCGCAUCAAGAUCAACCGGAUGGAUCCGUACGCCAGUGCGGUGGAAUACUUCCUAAACAUUGCACCGGAGAUCAUGAAAAAGGUCAAUAAUGUGCUUAGUAUUAACAAUAACAACAACUACCCAAUAACGACAACGUCAAGCAGUGCUAGCGGGUCACUACACACCAAUGGCCGCAACAUUAGCAAAACGAUCGGUGCCAACUGGAACCAUUACGGACUGAACACGGGCGAAACACUGCUCGCCAGCUAUCAGGCGUAUCUGCUGGAGGCACGCAAUCGGAUCGCUCAAUGCAAGCAAGCCUGCGAGCAGUGGAACAACACGUACCGUUACCAAAAAAUCAACAAACUGAUGAACAACAACAACAACAAUAGUAGCCAAAUUGUUAAUAGCUGUAAUAGUAGUUUAAGCCCAAGUAACAACGGAACGACGGACGACGUGCGAACGUACAAAGUACAAAUGAUAAAGAAUUUUUUGGCUGAAUUCACCACGGCGACAGACAGUGUCCUAGCGGACAUGAAUGAAAAUGAUCGCUCUAGCCAGUGCCAAUCACCUCUGGUGAUAUUCAGCACUGGGAGCUCCCACGGGGGAUCGCAUUUGACUACGAUGACCAAACAGUUGGACAGUCUGCAAUCGCUGGGCGAUAGCAGUGGUUAUGAAAGUUUGAACAUCACAACCAUGGGUUCCGGGAGCGAGGAUGGACGACGGCACGAAUCGUGGAAAGUAUCCAGCAUCAAGGAGGAAACCAUUAUCGAUCUGGAUCUGUCCGAGGAUUUGUUUGCCCAAGGGACCGUUAGUUUAGGUCCUUUUCUCACGGCCAUAUGGGGCAAACUGCAAACCUUCACUAGCAACUGUUUGUACGUAAACCUACACCUAACCGGACUGAUCAGCCAUCUGGCAUGGUUUCCCCUCCCGUUGUUGCACUCAAUUCUUCUUCGGCCCGAUAUUCCAACGACGUCCGAUACACCAUCUUUUCAUCAGGUCCUCAAAAUUCUCAAACAACAAAUAGAUGCCGAGCUGCCAGACUGUGACGAAUCGUUGGAGAUCGUCGACGUAGCGAGGUCGCUUCUGGUGGAUCGUGAAUUCCGACUGAUCAACAUGCGCAAGAACGCCAUCGAAUCGAACACGAGCACCGGUAGGGUGCUAACGAGCGGGAUAGGCGGCGGCGGCGUUGGGUCUUGUGUCUCGAUGACUUCCGGCCUAUCCCAGGCAACCCCUAUGCAACUAACACCAGGCUCAUCGUACGAUCCCUUCAAAAGGAACGAUAUCAAGCGGAAAAGCAUCAGCAGUUCGUUCUCCAGCAUCUUCAAAAGACCCGGAUCGUCCGCAUCAUCCGGUAUAGCACAAGUAUUUCAAUUUUUUACUGGUGGAUCAAGCGGAUCGGCGCAUUCGUCCUCGCCGGUGUCCGGCUAUCAUCAGCAACAGUCUUCGAGCAGCAGUAGCUCCGGUGUGAGUGGUAGUACGAUAAGCGGCGGGAGUCGGCGUGAUUCACGAGAAGCCGAAACUCAGUUCGUGGAUCAUCCCUCCUCGAUGGGUGUCAGUAGUGGCAGUCCUCCGAGCAUGUCCUCUAUCGGUAGCGGGAGUGCCCACAACAGUCUCGAGUACUCGUUGAUCAACAUCAAUGGAUCCAUCUUUGGGGUAGGUAGCGAGCGACAGCGUGAUCUCGCCGUCAGUGCCGUCAUACUGGACGAAUGGCUCAAGGAGCUGUCCUCCAUCACGCAGGAACAUUGUAUCACGAUGUUCUCCGAGCACGCGCUGAUUCGCCAACCGGCGAAAUCUAGUUGAGGGUGAAUGUGCAUCUCCCUACGUGAAUCGAUCAAGCGUUCGCAGAUUCGAUUUGUUUAUGUUUGGUUAAGCUUUAUCUGCUUUUUUUAUCGAGGUUAGUUUAGGUCUACUUCUGCAACCUUAUGCAUGAUUCUCAGUACGGCUGAGAUGAAACAGAACAAAUAUCGUGAUCGAAAACACUUUCAUAUACACUUACACUAUUCAUUUCUAAAAUGAGUACCGUUUUAAUUUAUAGAAAAGUUAGGACAAAUAUUUUAUCCUUUCUUUUUUUUCUUACCUUUCUAGAAUAAUUUUCAGAAUUUUUAUCCCUUUAUUUUAUUCGAUACAUAGAAUAAUAAAUUUUAUUAAGGCUUUAAUACUACUUUUGGCAAUGCUUUGAAAGGUUGUAUAACGAAACCCUCUUUCUCUCAUUAUAACGUUACAACGACUACCAGCUAAAACUAUGAAGGGUAUCUUUCUCGAGAGAUAGCGAAACAAAAAGCCAAACGACUCUGUAAUUUAGAACGACAUCCAGCGAAACGUCCCAAUGAACAACCCUUUCACGAAGAAGACUAAUAUGUUGAUAGCGUUGAUACGGUUGUCCAAUUUGUCAGUAUGAUUAGACAAUAGUAAACGAGAAUGGUGAAUUAACGAGAGAAGCAAUUCUACGCUGUUCUCGCGUAGAUUCAGCUAUACCUGAAGUUAAAUGCAAUAUAUGCGUAAGCGGAACUAAGAUCGAUGUGUGAAGUGCUGUAAGAUCUUGCGAGCAAAAAUUAUAUUGUAAUAACAUAUUUUUGUAUAAAUAUAUACAUUAACAGAUUAAUAUUAGAGAGAGACGAAAUGGUGGCAACGAGUGGAGAUUUUUC